CCCCCCCCCUCCCAUUUGGUUCCAUGGGUGCCCACCCACCCGUGGGCCCACCCACCCCUGGAUAAACUAUAUAAAAAGCCAGACUUAACUUCUCAUCACUGACGGUUUCAUCUGUGAAGUUCCCAAGCAAAUAGUCAAGAUGUCUAAGCUGACAAUCUUAGCAGUCUUGUGCCUGGUGCUGUGCCAGUUGGGCGCUUCCACCUCAGUUUCCACCGCAGCUGCUGCUUCUCCCAAAAUGGUGUGCUACUUCACCAACUGGUCUCAGUACAGACCAGACAAAGGGAAGUACAAGCCCGAGAAUGUGGAUGCCCACCUGUGCACUCACCUGAUCUACGCUUUCUCCAUCCUCAACCACCGCAAUGAGCUGGUCACCUACGAGUGGAACGAUGACGUCCUCUACAAGUCCUUCAACGCCUUGAAGAACAAGAACCCUCAUCUUAAGACUCUGCUGGCCGUCGGAGGAUGGAACUUUGGUUCUUCCCAGUUCUCCAUCAUGGUGAGUAAUGCUGCCAACCGUCAGACAUUCAUCCAGUCGUCCAUCAGCUUCCUGAGAACUCAUGGUUUUGACGGUCUGGAUCUGGAUUGGGAGUACCCCGGGGCCCGAGGGAGCCCCCCGGAGGACAAGAAGAGGUUCACUCUGCUCUGCCAGGAGCUCGUGGCAGCCUAUGCAGCUGAGGCCAAGUCCACCGGCAAUGCCCAGCUCAUGCUGACCGCUGCCGUGUCCGCUGGAAAGGGAACCAUCGAUGCUGGAUAUGAGAUUGCCGAGAUUGCCAAGUCUCUGGACUUCAUCAACGUGAUGACCUACGACUUCCACGGAACUUGGGAGAGAUUCACUGGACACAACAGCCCCCUGUAUCGCGGUGCUCAUGACGAGGGAGAGCUUAUCUACUUCAACACUGACUACGCCAUGAAGUACUGGAGAGACAAUGGCACCCCAGUGGAGAAGCUGAACAUGGGCUUCGCCACCUAUGGUCGUACCUUCCGCCUGACAUCAUCUGACACCAGCGUUGGAGCACCAGCCAGUGGCCCUGCCUCCGCCGGGCCCUACACCCGCGAAGCUGGCUUCUGGGCCUACUAUGAGAUCUGCACCUUCAUAAAUGACGCAACAGUUGAGAUGAUUGCAGACCAGAUGGUUCCCUAUGCCUACAAGGGCAAUGAGUGGGUUGGAUUUGACUCCAGGCAGAGCUAUGAGACCAAGGUCCGCUACAUGAAGGACAACAAGUUUGGCGGUGCCUUCGUGUGGGCCCUGGAUCUUGAUGACUUCGCCAACCAGUUCUGCGCUGAGGGCAACCACCCUUUGUUGGGACAUCUGCGCAAACUUCUUGACAUCGAACUACCCCCUCUGCCCCCUACCACCACCCCCAAACCUGGCUCAGUCACCACCACCCGCCCCACCACCACCACUGUCACCACCCACGCCCCUGGGACAGGUUUCUGCAACGGAAAGCCUGAUGGCAUCUACGCCAACCCAGACGACAUCACCACCUUCUACAUGUGCGCCCAUGGCCUCACCCACCUCAAAACCUGCAGCAACGGCUCGGUCUUCGACCCCAGCUCCAAGAUCUGCGUGUGGCCUUAAGCGUGUUGUGAGGAAGUAAGGGUGUGAAUUAGCAUCGCUAAUGCCAACGUUGUAUUUACCAACUUUAAAUUAGACUGCACUGCCCCUUUAAUUUACUUUUUUUAAAUAUAUAUUUCCACAAUAUGAGGUCGAAAUAACACUAGGACAUUGUAAAAUGUUAUGAUAAUACCCUCUGAUUAUUCUGACCAAUGACCAGUCAUCUUUUAUUUGCAUAUGUAUCCUCCUCCUAGGGGUAAGACGGGUAAGCUCUAGAGUCUAGACCAUGGAGAUUCUACUAAAUUAGUAUUUUAGUUUCUAAUUGUAUGGUCUUGAUGCUCCUAUCCGCCAAUCAGGGCUGUGUAUGUAAAUAUAUUUAAAUUUGUAUCAACACGCCCACAUCACCAGACUGAGUAGUUCAAAUGGAAAAGGAGGCACAGGGAAACAAUAUAUUUAGUUAUUUUAUUAGAUAUUUUCAUGAAACACACACAGUGAUUUAUUAGACAUACAGUGAGGAUUUGAAAAUGCAAUUAAAAAGACUGCAUCGGGGAUUUAAAGAUGCUAUAUUAAGCUUUUUGGGUGACCCAUCCAAAUUCACAUAGAACAGUGAGUUAUAGAUCUGUCAUGCUCAUCGAAAGCAAGUCUAAGAAGUGGUAGAUCUGUUCUAUGUGUGGUAUUUCUUUGCUUCUAAUGCUCAAGUUUAGUUUUUGCGUCUUUUACUUUCGGUUUUGUACACCAGCUUCAUACACAUGAGAAUGUAUUUCACAGUGGUUUAGAUCGUACAAUGAUUCUCUACACUAUACUUGCUUGUUUUGUCACAUAAACUGAAAUUAGGCAAACUAUUAGAAUUUUAGCAAUCAUGAAAUGGUGGAGCGAUUUUUGCAUAGUGCAUCUUUAAGUGUUACUGUGGUGCUAAAACAUGUUGUGUGGGAAGGGAAGAAUGCUCUGUGUUGACAGUAAUUGAGAUGCAAUUUGUUUUGUAGAUGUGAAAAGGAUUUGUUUUGAAUGAGCUCAAAAAAUAAAAGAUUCUGCCUUA